AUGGAUCUUCCAUUGAUUCUUGGUCAUCCUUUCAUGGCCACCGCAGUUCAUGGUACGGAUUCAUUAGAGAGGGUUUUGACACAAAAUUCUCAAGCCUCCGACAUUGAUGAAGAUGAGAUACAUGAGGUUGUGCAAUUCCUCGACGCAUUACCAACCGUGUCAUGUAAGUAUCCUCCUACCUUUGAGCCUUUACCUGUCAAUACUGAAAAGUUUAUUCCUUCUCUUGUCAGAGCACCAGAAUUAGAACUCAAACCAUUACCAUCACACCUUAAGUAUGUUUACUUAGGUGAAUCAAAGACAAUGUCCGUGAUUAUUGCUUGCAACUUCAGUGAGCAAGAUGAGGAGUAUUGCGGACAGCAAGGAGAUAAGCCCAACAGAACGCAUGCACAUAUUGGAAGAUGA